AUGGAUGGUAUUGGAUUUGAUUUUGAGGAAUAUGACAUUUCGCCGUUUCCCAAGUUUCAACAUUUAAAAAAUUUACAAGCUUGUGACUUAUCUGUUGAUAAAUUGGAACCAAGAACAACACCAGCUAAAUUACUGAAAGGAUUUCAUGAUUGUGUUGAUCCAUUAUUUGAAGAUAUUCUCAUUAAAAUGAAGCCCAAAAACUUUUCACUCGAAAUCUGCAAAACAAUUAAAAAAUGCGAUACGAUUCCGGAAUUUACCAAUCUUUCAAUUGAUGAAUUUCCCAAUGAUCAUAAAAUCAAAUGGGCAAUCCUACCGAAUUGUGUGAGAAUUUUCAGAAUUCUUGGAAAACACAUGAUUAUUUUCUAAUUUCAUAUAAUUCCAGAAAGAAGAUAAUGUCAUGGUAACAUUAGGUAUUGGACUUGAUGUAAAAGCUGAAGUUCUACUUUAUCGAACUCUUCCAAAUACAUCAUUCUACGGAGCCGAUCCAAUUAUCCAACCAAAUCUCCAACUUUAUUCACAUUUUGGUGGAAAGUUCUUCCCGUUUGCAGUUGGAAAAGAAGCAGGAGUUAAUAGAUUCAAGGUUUUACCAAAUCAAAAUAAAAAAACAAGAGAAUAUACAUACCAAGAUGUCACUACAAUUGAUGUUCCUUAUUUUUUCAAAAAUAUUUUGAAAUUGAAGCAAAUUGAUUUUCUAUGGAUUGAUAUUGAAGGAGGAGAAUUAACCUUUUUGCAUUACUUGCACAGGGGAAAUACGUUUGAUAAACUUGGAGUCACAAUUUGUCAGUUCAACGUUGAAGUAAGUAUACAUAGUGUAGCAUUAGUGAUAUCAUUGGAAAUAUGCAUAUGCAUAUUUCUGUUCAUUGGGUAAAGGAAGGGUGUAAACAGUCAGAAUGUCAAAUCAACAAAAAAAAAAUUAACACGAUUCAAAUGACAAUCGAUCAAACUGUUCAAAAUCAUUAGAAAUAUUGCAAUUUCAGUCAGACAAAUAACCCAGUCUUUAUGUAUACAUUGUCGAUAAAAGUUUGAAAGUGGUUUUGAAAAAAUUGAAUAUGUUUCUCUGAUAUAUCUGAAUCAUACAUGCUCUCAUAGAUUUUCAUCGAUUUCUGGUUUAUCUCUAAUUAUAUGUGGAUAUCAAUCAAUAUCCUCCAAUAAACUAGGUUGAAUGAAAACAAGAUGUUACCAGAACUUUGUUUUUUUUUUGGAAAUAGGAGUAGAAACCCCGUGGAAAUCACGGAAUGAGCUAUUGCUUUCAGAAAGUAUUUUGGUCAAAUCCAAAUCAAAAUGAGUUGAAACAACAAAAAUUAUGCUCGAACUAUUCAUUGUUGAUAUUAAGAAUUCGGAAAAUAUAUUGAAAACAAUUCAAGGAAACUGAUUCACCGAUACAUGAGUUGAUUAUGACUUUGGCGAUGUUGCAGAUGAAUUUCUCCUCCGAGGAGAAAUGGGGCGAAAUUCAAAAAAUACAUUGUUUCGCCUCCACGUGCAACACGUUUCUCCUCUUUCUCCUCAAUUAGCUCGAGGGUGAAACUAACCUGCAUCAUCGCCAAACGUGAUAUGUUUCUCAGAUCCAUUAUGGGGUGAUUCAAAUAGAAAAACAAACAUGCUGAGUCGAAAUUUUUUGUAAAAAAACGUUUGUUAACAUGUUUUUUUUCUAUCUGAAUCACCCCAUAAAAAUGCUCCUCGAAAAACAACAUAUUUGGGAAAAGUCAUGAUUUUCAAUUUUUUCCAAAAAAUUUAAGAUUUUUCAUUGAUAUCAACAUAAUUCUUGGUAGUUCCAUUUCAGAAAAAUAACUUUCAAAACAUUUUUGUUGAUGCUGUUUGGCAUUAUUUGAGCUUUGAAUAUGAAUCAAACCGCAUAUUUUUUUUCUUCUCCAGUCAUGGCCAAAAACGAUGACAGGUUUCAGUUCAAAAACUCUUUUUGUUAAAAAAAAAGGGGGGGGGGGUGAGACGACAAAAUUUUAUUUGCUCAAAAGAUCGGGCCCCCUUUUAAUAGUGUUUUGUGACAUCUAAGCUCGCAAAAUUUUUUGAUCUACAAGAUGUUGCCGAUAGGAAAACGCGUACCCUUUUUACCCUUGUCGAUAAUACACAAAUGUCAUUUAGAAGGAAAUGUGUUAAGUCCACCCAAAGUUAACACCUUAACUUUGGACAUGUUUGGAGGCAAAAAAAUGUUUAAAAAAUGUUGUAGCUAUAUAGUUCUCACGUUCUAUGUGGUUUUUUUGCCCGAUAAGCAAGCGUAUUUUGUAUUUUCAGCUUCAUCCUGAUUCCUGGCCAAAUGGUUAUCAAAUUGUAUUUGAUUUCAUACCUCGAAUCCUCCGCGAAAAUCGAUAUGUUUUUCUCAAACCAUUAGAAACAACAACUGGUGUUUUCCGAUUAUUUUUCAUUAAUGUUGAAAAUCAACAAUGUGUCAGAAAGUAUAUACAGUAA